UCCUCUUUUGAAUUUUCUUGUUCAAAGAAAAGCAGUCCACCCUGCUAUGCUGUCCCUAUAAAUAGUCCAGCAAUUGAGAGCUCAAAUAUUCAAACAACCUUAAGCUUCAAACUCUUCUCUCUACCCAACCUAGCUAAUUAUCUAUCUCUUCUCCUGAUCAUAACUCCAAGCCAAUUUAACCAUUGGAUCGAGUUCAGUUUGAAUUCGAUCCGAUGGUUCUGAUAAAGUCUUAAGUAAACUAGUAGUCUUAGGUAAUCCAGAGGACUACUUUUUUCCCUUCAAGGCAAAACUUUGCCAUAUUGGGAAGAUACUCUUGAUCAAGUGUUUUUUUUUAUCAAGAUGGACAAAGUAAUGAGGUUGGCAUCAGAGAAGGGUGUGGUGAUUUUUAGCAAGAGCUCAUGUUGCCUGUGCUAUGCAGUUAACAUUCUAUUUCAAGAGAUUGGGGUGAGUCCUGUGGUUCAUGAGAUUGACCAAGAUCCUGACGGCAGGGAAAUGGAGAAGGCUCUUAUGAGGCUGGGGUGCACUGCCCCCGUGCCGGCUGUGUUCAUAGGCGGAAACCUGGUGGGAUCAACCAAUGAAGUCAUGUCCCUCCACCUAAAAGGCCAACUCAUCCCAAAGCUGAAGCCUCACCAGCAGCAGACUAUGUCUUAAUUAAAACUACUCAAAUAUCAUAUUGCGAAAAAAAUAAAUUGGCUCAAAUUCGUACUGUAGUAGUGAGCUCUGCAUGCAAAGUCUAUGUAGUAGUGCUUCCUUCUUUUAUUUCUUUUUUUUUUCUUCUCCUUGAACAAGUUAUGUAGUGUUUGAUGUGUCUAGUGCUCUGUAACAUUUGAUCAGCUAUAGCAUGUAUUCUAUUUCCUAUUCUUAAUGAAGUUAACUUUAUAUA